AUGCCAGGAAUUGGAGAGGUGCCUCUCCAUGUCUGUGCGCCAUCCUUACCGGUCGGAGCAGAUGUAGGCGAUACCGAUCUUAAAUCAGGUAAAAUGUCUAUCAAAAGUGCCAAUACCCAAGCAGUAUCCAAACCCAAGAAGAAGAAACGAUCCUGGAAGAAACCGAUACAAACGCCUUGUCACCAAACACCUAAUCCCAGCCUCACUGCGAGCUCACAAACACCCAUAUUAAUUGCUGAUUCAUCGAUCCCAAAGCUAAGGAUGGAUCAAAUCAUCGGAUCACCUCGACUCUCGCAUCCAGGCAGCAACGCUUCUUCCGUUAGGAAGUGGGACCAUUCUCUGUUCAUAAACCAGAAUCCCACUCCGAGACUCGCUUAUAGACCUUUCAAAGAGGUUCUACCCAAGAACAUACCGCCAAGACCAAGACUACCGCCAGCGUUUCCUGUCCAGCAGCUUCCUGCUAAGAGAAAGAAGGUACCUCCUACCGCUCCCCGAUUACACACCACCCUGUCAGAGUCUAGCAUUCCAAUCAGACCCGAACCGAGAUCGUCAUGGCAGGAAAGAUCAGUCUCAGCAUCGACCUCAACGAUACCAGAAAGAAUGGAAGCUGGAGCUGUUACCCCAGGUGCGCAAACUUCAACCCUAAGCCGAGAUGACGGCUCUGAGAUUCAGAUGCUCGAAAGACAAGUUCAAUCACUCACCGCCAGAUUAUCGAACUGUCAGAAUGAACUUCAAGACAUGAGAGUAAAGUUGGAUUUUGCCAAUAUGACUGCUGGUCGAGGUGGUGCCAAUCUUGGCAAUGCCAGAAGGGAAAUCAAAGAGUUGAAAGAUAGAAUCAAGGAGUUGGAGUAUCCGGCAGUCGAGGUCAAAGUCGAAGAUGAUGCUGUAUGA